AUUUGAGAACUGGGUAUCACGACACGUCAACGCCGGGCAUUACGUCAUAGCUGGUAAAGCCGAGUUAAAUACUGAGCGCACAUAUACGUAUGUUGCGUCAGAGGAGAACAGCUGAUACUAGCAGACGUUUCAAGACCACCGACGAGCAGACAGCGGACCACUAAUCUGGAGCUUGCGACUCCGUCUUAAAAAGGUUCAAGACUAUCAUUCCAUUGCCAACCAGCACCUAAUCAAACAUGGGAAAGGAAUUCAGAGGAACGAUCACAGAUCACCCUGACUUUGAUGCAAACAGCGAUGCAGAGGAUCUCUACAAUGCCAUGAAAGGCUUUGGAAGUGACAAAGAGGCAAUCUUAGACCUGAUUACAUCACGGAGCAAUGCUCAGAGGCAGGAGAUCUGCAGUGCCUACAAAUCACUCUAUGGCAAGGAUUUAAUUGAUGAUCUUAAAUAUGAGCUGACGGGGAAGUUUGAACGUCUGAUCGUUGGUUUGAUGAGACCCUCGGCCUACCAUGAUGCCAAAGAGUUGAAGGAUGCCAUUAAGGGAGCAGGAACAGACGAGAAGUGUUUAAUUGAGGUUCUUGCUUCAAGAACCAAUGAGCAAAUUCAUGAUCUGGUGGCAGCAUACAAAGAUGCCUAUGGCAGAGACCUUGAAGAGGACGUGGUAGGGGACACAUCUGGACAUUUUAAGAAGAUGCUGGUUGUUUUACUUCAGGGGACCAGAGAGGAAGAUGAUGUUGUGAGUGAAGAUCUUGUGGAGAAGGAUGCUCAGGAGCUGUAUGACGCAGGGGAGGCACAGUGGGGCACAGACGAAAGCAAAUUCAUUAUGUUGCUGGGAAACCAGAGCGUGACCCACUUGCAGUUGGUAUUUGAUGAAUACCAGAAAAUUGCUGAGCGAUCCAUUGAGGACAGUAUUAAAAGCGAGCUGUCUGGAGACUUUGAAAGACUAAUGCUCGCUGUCGUUCAGUGUAUAAGGAGUAAAUCCAUGUUCUUCGCCCAACGUCUUUACAAAUCAAUGAAGGGUCUGGGCACGGCUGAUAACACCCUGAUUCGCAUUAUGGUGUCUCGCUGUGAGAUCGACAUGCUGGAUAUCAGAGAAUGCUUCCGCCUACGCUAUGAAAAAUCUCUGUACAACAUGAUUCAGGAUGACACAUCUGGGGAAUACAAGCGCACAUUGCUGAAGUUGUGUGGAGGAGACGACGAUAUUGCGGGAGAGUUCUUCCCUGAGGCUGCACAGAUUGCUUACAAGAUGUGGGAGAUCAGCGCCAUGACCAAAGUUCAGUUAAGAGGAACUGUGAAACCGUUUUCAGAUUUCGACCCUGCGAGUGAUGCCCAAGCUCUGAGAAAAGCAAUGAAGGGUUUCGGCACUGAUGAAGAUACAAUAAUUGAAAUUGUGACACGGAGAAGCAACGAACAGAGGCAGGAAAUAAGACAAGCUUUUAAAUCUCUUUUGGGACGGGAUCUCAUGGCCGACCUAAAAUCUGAACUCUCCAAAAACCUCGAGAGGCUCAUCCUUGGCCUCAUGAUGACCCCUGCAGAGUUUGAUGCCAAAAUGAUGAAGAAAGCCAUGGAGGGUGCAGGGACAGAUGAACAUGCAUUGAUUGAAAUCUUGGUCACUAGGAGCAACCAGGAGAUUCAUGAUAUGUGUUCUGCCUAUCAAAGUGCAUUUAAAAAGAGUUUGGAGCAAGCCAUCGCAUCAGAAACAUCAGGACAUUUCAAACGUGUUCUGAUCUCUUUGGCACAGGGGGGUCGUGAGGAGGACUCAGUAAACAUGGACAGGGUCCUGGAAGAUGCCCAAGCAUUGGCAGACGCAUGCGAUGCAGAAUCAGAUGAGAUGGAGGACAAGUUUAUGAGUAUUCUGUGCACGAGGAGCUUUCCUCACCUGAGGAGAGUGUUUCAGGAAUUCGUAAGGUGCAGCAACAAAGACAUUGAACAGAUAAUAAAGAAGGAGAUGUCAGGGGACUUUAAAAAUGCCAUGUUUGCUAUCGUGCGGAGUGUGAAGAAUCAGCCUUCUUAUUUUGCUGACCGAUUGUAUAAAGCCAUGAAGGGCCUGGGAACAGAUGACAGGGCUCUCAUCCGCAUCAUGGUGUCCCGCUCCGAGAUCGACCUCUUCAACAUCCGCAAAGACUUUAAGGAGACGCACGACGCCACUUUGCACGAAUUCAUCCAGGUAGAGGCGCUCGUUGUAAGUGGUGUGCUCCUCGUCUACGUACCAGUUUACAUGCGAGUUGUGCAGAUAUUGUGUUUUGUCUUAGGCGUUGCACAUCCUCUUUUGGUUAGAUCGAGGGGAACAGUGUGUUUGACAGGUUCCUGUGGUGUACUCGCUCGACUCAGCUGUUUAGGAAUUUCCCCUGCAUGCUUGACUUCCUCUCAGUAUGCAGAAUCUGAUUGGUGGAGAAAAGCGAAGACAGGAAGUGUUUAACAGCAGGUCUAUACUGGCUCUGUUGUCAAAACUCCCUUCAAAGAUCAAUAAUAGCUAACUUUAUAUCUUUAUUUUUAGUUUUGCUAUGUAUGUUGUGCCCGUGUGGGACGGAACCAACUAAAUGGAUGGUAUGAUUUGAAUAUAUUUAGAUUUAGUAAAUAAUCAAAGCGCUUUUAUCCAAAGCGACUUACAAAUGAAUACAACAGAAGCAAUUGGAAAUCAAACAAGAUUGAAGCAUUAUUUUAAUUUCUAGAGAUUCAAUAUUUGCAGCUGCAUAUAAAGCAUGCUGAGAAGAAGUCUAUUAAAGGGGAGGAAAGAUAAGCUUAAAAUUGUGCAAUGCUGUUUGUUUUAUAAAAUUGCACGGUUUCAUAACACUUUUAUUAUUGUAGCCAUUAAUGGAAAUAAAAUAACCUGUUGAUCUCACUGCUUGUACCGUUAUUAUGAAAGCCUCCAAGAACCUCAUUGCAUAAUGCAUUUCAUAACAACUUAAUACUAUUAUGCAACACCAAAAAUUCACGCUUGAUCCAUAUUGAUCCAAGCCUAUAUGACUUUCUUCUGUGGAAUGCAUACUUAAAAAAGUUAAUAGUGACUGCAGUUGAUGAGUUUUUGAAGGGAUUGUUCACUCAAAAAUGAAAUUUCUGUUAUCACUUAUGCACCUCUUGUCUUUUCAAACCUUUAUGACUUUCCUCUGCAGAACACAAAAGAAGAUAUUUUAAAGAAUGUUGGUAACUGAACAAUGACGGUCCCCAUUGGCCUGCAUUGGUUUUGUGAAUGUAUUGAAAACUGGUACCGCCAUUGUUCUUUAAAAUAUCUUCUUUUGUGUUCUGCAGAAGUAAAAAAUUCAUGCAGAUUUCAAAUGACAAUAGUGUUAGAAUUUUUUCCUUUUUGGGUGAACUAUCCCCCUUUAACUUUGUGGCCUGACAUAAUUCAUUAUUUAACAUUAUCAUGUCUCUG